GAGAGAGAGAGAGAGGAAAACUGAGGUGUUUUGGUGUGCAUGGGUGCCUCUAGCGUUGUUAUAUAUAUACAUGCUCUGUCUAAUUAAGCUCAGAGCCAUAGUUUUGAUCAUCAUCACUGCUUUGAUGAUGGGUCCCCAGUUUUGGAGUUGAAGUUGGCACCAUCCCUUGUGAUUGUGAAGCCGAGACUCAAAAAAAAAAAUGUAAUCGCUAACAGCCAUUUGCGCAAAAGAGAAAGGCCUUCUCUUUGUUCUGCAACAAAACAAUGGCUGCUGAGUUCUCCUCCGACAUCAUCUUCGAAAUUUUAACCAGGGUUUUCCCGCAAACGCUAGGGAGGUGCAAGAUGGUCUGCAAGCAAUGGAACGCCCUAACGUACGAAUCAAGUUUCAUGCACGACCACCGCCAGAGGACGAAGGCGGUGUCGGGCUAUUUCAUACAGGAACUCAGCAACAGCCUGUUCUCAUCGGUGUUUGUGUCCGUCGAUGGGCUGCAGAAGUUUUCCGACGGUUGCUCCGUCCCAUCACUUGAUUUCUUGCCGGCCAAGAACGUGCAGAUUGUUGCGUCAUCGAACCAAGGGCUGCUUUGCUGCGUAAACCAGCAGUCGCCGGUGCACAUAAUACCCAAAUACUACGUCUGCAAGCCUUGCACCAGGCAAUGGCGGGCCAUCCCGAACCCGAAAACCCGAUACUUCACGGAUCAAAUUGCCAUGAUAGUACUGCGAUCCCAUCCUCUCCACUUCAAGAUUGUUCGUCUCUCCCAACCAAAGAUUAUGUACACUCUCAUAACUUAUUUCUACAUUUGUUCUCACAACUUCACGCUUCUAUAUUCAAUUUUGUUAAUAUUUUCUUAGGUCUAAAUUCUACUAUAAUCUCCGAUGUGAGGUAUUUGAU